AUGAAAUCUCUCUUAUCAGUCCAGUCUCACGUUGCACAUGGCUACGUGGGCGGUAGAGCGGCAACAUUUCCAUUGCAGUACUUAGGCUGGGACGUCGACAAUAUAAAUACGGUCAACUUCUCGAACCAUACUGGCUAUGGUCAUUUCCAAGGGUCAGCUAUUCCCGAACCUGAAUUGAUCAAACUCUUUCAGGGACUCAAUCAGAUUGGAUGCUCAUACGAUGUCGUAGUUCUGGGCUACAUUCCCUCCGCAGAGCUUAUUGAUGUUGUCGCUAGUGAGGUAGCUGCUUUGAAGAAGUCGAAUCCGUCGACUCGCUAUGUUUGCGAUACCGUUAUGGGUGACCAAGGACAUCUCUAUGUAAACAAUUCAUGUGUGGAUGCCUACAGAAAACUCUUGAGUACAAAAAUAGCGGAUGUGAUUACUCCAAACCAGUUUGAGUUGGAGCUUUUAUACGGGAAACCUAUCGAUAGUGAAAAACUGCUACGAGACGCUAUCGCAUACAUGCACGAUACCUAUGGAGUUGAUCAUGUGGUAAUUUCUAGCCUUGAUGCAUCUGUUCUCAAUCUUCAAGAACUGCAACUGAUAUGCUGCGCCGUGUCUUCACGAUUCAAGGAAAGGUCCCAAGAGCAGUCUCAACUCCAAGUGUUUCUUGUCCCGGAAAUUAAAUCUUAUUUUACAGGUGUUGGGGACCUUUUUACAGCGUUGUUGGCAGAUAAAUUAUUCACCAACAACGGCAAUCUAGUGUUGGCAGUCAAUCAAGUACUCACUAUUAUGAGCAACGUGCUCAAGCUCACCCAUCAACUUGGAAUUAAGGAAUUUACACAGCAUUAUGGAGAAGACUCAUGCGAAAGAUUGGCUGAGGGUCGCAUGAAUGAUGGUGAGUCGAUGCGCUUCUUCGAGCUAAGGAUCAUCCAGGCUCGCGAGUUCUACGACUAUUCUGGCGCAGGCGAAUUUUCCGCCAUCGAGAUCUCCAAUUAG